AUUCCCGUUAUUGCUGAUCUUCCUGUAGGGGAUAAUCUUCAAAAUCACGUUGGAGCCGUUGGACUUUCGUUUGAAGUUCCUGAAGCACGUGAUUUAUACAACAGAACAUUUUCUUAUCCAAAUGAAACAGCGGAGAGUUUUCUUAAAUUUGGCAAAGGUCCCUUAACGAGUUUAUACGGUCUCGAGGGAAUGGCGUGGUUCAAUUCAAAAUAUAACAAUGCGAGUGUUGAUUGGCCUGAUUUGAAUGCACCUCUAUUAGGUUUCACUGAUGCCAGUAACCCAGAAGAAGCAGUACAAGAUGCAAUAUAUAACCAAGUUUUCAAACCAUAUGAAGGAAAAAAUACAUUCGGUUUUCUUCCCUGCUACCUUAGACCUAAAAGUAGAGGAACGGUUAGGUUGGCUUCCAAGAAUCCCAGAGAUGCGCCACUCAUCGAUCCAAACUUUUUCGACCACCCAGAGGAUCUCGAAAGAGUAAUAGAAGCUAUGCAGUUUAGCGUAGAUAUAGUUACAAAGACCAAUGCUUUCAGAAGGUUAGGAGCGAAAAUGUUCACAACAAAAUUUCCAGGAUGCGAACAGUAUGAAGCUAACAGUACUUACUAUUCGACAGAAUAUUUGAGAUGUUUUUCUGUGAAAUAUACUUAUGGACACUACCAUCCUGUAGGCACAUGCAAAAUGGGUCACAUUCUAGAUCGAACAGCAGUUUUGGAUCCACAAUUAAGGGUGAAAGGAAUCAAAAAUCUCCGAGUGGUUGAUGGAUCUAUCAUGCCUGUUAUUGUGGGUGGAAAUACUAACGCUCCAAUCAUAAUGAUUGGUGAAAAGGCAUCUGAUAUGAUUAAACAAGACAAUCCGGAUAGAUUCACUUGUUAAUUAAAGCAAUCCAUAGGAGAAAAUUUUUGAUUUUCAAAUAUUUAUGUAUAUUUAAAAAAUUAGUAUUUAAAUAAUAGUUAUACAAAUUUUCGUAAUCAAUAAAAUAAAAAUAUUUUCGUUCAGUUUUUGCAUUUUUCUUGUUUAAUUCAGCGCAUAAAUUUUUUAAGAACAAUAUUUUGUCAUUAGAACGACUGAGUUCUUUUACCUACUUAUAACCUUAGUUAUGGUCCGAAAAAGUAAUGAAAUUUUAAAAAAUCAGAAUGGAAAAAAAUUUAAAAAACUGUUAAAUUUUUUUUCGGCGAAUCAAAUGCAUGCAUUAAAAGAUUUUUUUAACCGAUAUACCAGUUUGCUAAACUGAAAGUAAAAAACUGUAUAAACUUCACCAACCUGCUGACCACUUCGUUUUUUUCCAUAAAUUUAGUUCAGCGACAAAAUUUAAUAGCGUUGAAUAUCAGUGUCCAAGGACAAAAAUGAUCAUUUUUAGGAUAUCCUUUAUCGAAAGUAAGAUUUAAGUUUUCCUAUUAAUUUCAGCACAAUUUUUUUUCAAAUUUUGAAUAGAGUAAAUUAGUGUUUUUAGUGUUAAAAAAGCUUAUUUUAUUAAACUUACAGAAAGUAAUUCUAAAGCUGCUUCAAUAUAACGUAACUAAAAUUGUGUUGUAUUUUUUUCACAAUUUAGGAAGUGCUUCUUUAUUAAGUAAAAAAGUAUGCAAUUAUUAAUAUAAUAAUGCUCAUAUAUUACUACAUUUGUCUAAAAAUGAAAGUAAUAUUUUAGAAUUAAUCAAUAUCUCAAAUAUUUAUGAAUAAAUUACAAACCACGAAUAGAUUCUUAUUUUAUACCUUUUCCGACCUAGCAGAUACAGAUGGAUGUUUAAUUAAAAAAAUAAAAUAUCUUUAAUCGCAGUAUGUGAAAAACUAUAAAUCGUAAUUAAAAUGAUUCAAUUUGGCUUUAAAAUCUCUUUAGCUAAUAUCAAAUUCAAAGGUAAAGUGCAAUAAAGUUUAAUUUUCUCGACGAUACUAUUAAACUUAGCAACAUAUUAAAAUGGGAUCAAAUGGUGUGAAGUUGCUCUACAUUCUACUACGUCUUAAAAUAUAUAAUGGUGAAUGCUUACGUUUUUUGAAUGAAUACGCACUUAUUCUACUAUGUCCUAAAAUUUCCAACAGUGAAUGCUUAGGCUUUUGUGUGAAUACGCUCUUGUUUAAUUACGCCCUAUAAUUUCAAAUUGUGAAGGCAUACUCUUAUACGUUAAUACGCUCUAGUUCAGGGAUGGCGAACCAUUGGCAUGCGUGCCAUUUAUGGCACGAGAUACAAUAUUUUGGGCACGCCACCGAUCACAAUUGUUAUUACAAUAAGAACAAUAGAUAACUAGCAAAAAAAAUUAACAGUCCUGCUUAAACUAACAUCUUACAACCUAAUAUAAGUUAUUUGUCAUCUAAUCUAUCUAAAUAUAGAAAUCACACUGAAGUUACUUUAAGUUGUUAUGUCUUUUUUAUUGUAAAUAAAGAGUUUUGAGUUGAUA